UCUGCCCCUCAAACAAAAUGGAGGACAGCGAGGAUAUUCAUCUCAUCAACAUUCCGUGACAUGCAUGGAGAGAGGGACCUCCUCACAAGGUACGUGUUCCCUGAGCUAAGGAGAAGAGCCCAUGACCUCAGAGUCUACUUGUAUGAGGUUGACCUUCGCUGGGGGGUCACUGAGGAAGACACUAAGCAUCACAAAGCAAUAGAGAUCUGUAUGACUGACAUCAGUAAGAGCAAUUACUUCAUUGGGAUACUGGGCCAGCGCUAUGGCUGGUGUCCUGGUGAAUACAAUGUUCCUGAUUCACAGGAGUACGACUGGAUAAGAGACUAUCCAAAGGGAAGGUCCAUAACUGAACUUGAGAUGUAUCAUGGAGCACUGGCUGACCCUGACAAGGUGGCUGGUAAGGCCUUCUUUUACUUUCGGGAUAAAGCAGAAAUGGAUGAAAUACCUACUAAAUACAUUGGACAUUUUAAGGACGAAUCUUUCGAAAAUGAGGAAAAAAUUGAGUCACUAAAAUCUAAGAUAAGAACAAGCGGAAUUGAAGUAUUUGACAACUACCCCAGUCAUUGGAUGGGCGUGGUCCAGAACAAACCAAUGCUGAGUUCCUUAGAAGACUUUGGUAAACGAGUCAUCAACAACCUGUGGAACACUAUACAGAGAGACUACCCACUGGAGGAGGAGCCUGAGAAUCCUUAUGAGCUAGCUUCAGAACUCAAUGAAGAGAUAAUGGUACACGAGGGAGGGACUUUCAUUGGACGCAGGAGCAUCCUCCAUGAAGGGCUAGCGGCCAUUAAUGAAUCAAAAGGUGUGGUACUGUUUACUGGUAAGCCAGGGUCUGGUAAAACUGCCUUCAUGGCUGAAGUGGCAGAAAAGUUUUCAGAAGAUGCUGUGUCAGUUCAUUUCGUUGGUACAUUCCCAGGAUCUUCGUCAAUAUCAUUCAUAUUAUCAAGUAUUUGUUGGGAGGCCAAGAAGAGGUUUUCAAUCAAGAAACCAAUACCGGGGGAUUACCUGGAACUAGCUAAAGAAUGGAUCACUUUCAUACAAACACAUCACGUCAGUAAUUACAUUGUCUUUAUUGAUGGAGUUGAGCUAUUGGACGAUGAGAAUAAUGGCCGCUCGCUGAACUGGAUCCCAACCAACCUUCCUGAUAAUGUCACUAUAGUACUCUCAGUCAAUGAAGGAAGCAGCUGUCAUAAAAUACUCAAAAAACGAGACCCACCACCAAAAGAGGUUAUAGUGGGAAACCUUGACAUGUCAGACAAAGCUGACAUUGUUAGGAGUAAGUUGGCCCAUUACAGGAAGGAGUUGGAUGAGUCUCCAUUUAAUAACCAAAUGAAGCUACUCCUCACCAAGAGAGAGGCUGGUAAUCCUCUCUACCUCCUGUUAGCAUGUGAGGAGCUCAGGAUGUUUGGAGUCUAUGAAGAGGUUGGGGCUUUCCUGAAGAAACUCCCCACGACCACAGCCGGCCUCCUCCAGGAUGUACUCUCACGAUUAGAAGAGGAACAUGGAGCAGAGCUGGUGUCUUCAGCACUGACGAUACUGUGUCUAGUGAGAGAUGGACUGAAGGAGACUGAAAUGGCUAACAUUCUCUCUCUAUUAUUCUCAAAUCCUUCAACCGGAGGAAAGGGGCGGGUCCCCCCAUCAGUACUAGCUAGACUAAUACGAUCAAUGCAGACCUUCCUCCAACCUUACCAGAGCCACGCCUCUGAGACACUGAUACUCUCACACAAGGAGAUUGAGAAGGCAGUGAAGAGCAGAUACUUGAGAGGGGCAGGGGCUGAUAAAGAGAGACAACUCCAUAAGAUAAUAGCUCAAUACUUUAGAUCAAACAUAGACCCAACCAAUGAUCUCUCCUUCACUGGGACUGAUACUCAUUCAUUCAAUGAGUUACCAUAUCACCUGGUGGCAGCUGGGGACUGGAAGGAACUGGAGUCCAUUGCUUGUAAUCUCAAGUUUGCAGUACAAAAGUCCCAGCUUGGUCUCUCCAGGGAGUUAAUGAAUGAUUAUAAUCCGUCACUGGCUAAUGUACCAGCUGCUAAAGCUCGUGAGGUCACUCGGUUCUUACAGCUACCAAAAGUGGUUAGUUUUAAAGAAUUCAUCUCUCGCAAUCUCCACAUCUUAGUGAACACACCUUCCCUGGCACUCCAACAGGCAGUGAAUGAGCCAGAGUCUUCAAUAGUGUGCACUGAAGCAAAGGAGCUGCUGGCUAAAGCAUCUUAUCCUCUGGUCUAUUGGAUCAACAAACCAACAGGUUCAUCAUCUUGUAAAAUGACAAUCCCCUCUCAUGGUGACCCAGCCCUCACUAUAGCUGUAUCUCCUGAUGGUCGGUCACUAGUCACAGGACACAAGAGCUCCAUCAUUAGGAUAUAUGACACUGACACUGGCAAAGAGAUAAAGUCAUUGGUUGGCCAC